GACGCCCCUGGCAGAGAUCCUGCCCCCUGUUGCCUCAAUCAAAGAUGGCGGGAGUGCUGCCUCCGCCCCAAAUCGUCACAGUGACUUCCGGCAGCGUGCGGGCCGCGGUGUGGGCUGGGUAGAGGGACUCCGGUAGCCAUGGCGGAGAAGCAGAAACACGACGGGCGGGUGAAGAUCGGCCAUUACAUCCUGGGAGACACUCUGGGGGUCGGCACCUUUGGCAAAGUGAAGAUUGGGGAGCAUCAGCUAACAAGGCACAAAGUUGCAGUCAAAAUCCUAAAUAGACAGAAGAUCCGCAGUUUGGAUGUAGUUGGAAAGAUUAAAAGGGAAAUUCAAAACUUAAAGCUCUUCCGCCAUCCUCACAUCAUCAAACUGUACCAGGUGAUCAGUACACCAACUGACUUCUUUAUGGUGAUGGAAUAUGUGCCAGGGGGUGAGCUUUUUGACUACAUCUGUAAACACGGAAGGGUGGAGGAAGCAGAGGCUUGCCGCCUCUUUCAACAAAUUAUUUCGGCUGUUGAUUAUUGUCACAGACACAUGGUAGUUCAUCGUGAUCUGAAGCCAGAGAAUGUUCUCCUUGAUGCUCAAAUGAAUGCCAAGAUAGCUGACUUUGGACUAUCUAACAUGAUGGCGGAUGGGGAGUUUUUACGUACUAGUUGUGGCUCACCAAAUUAUGCUGCUCCAGAAGUUAUCUCAGGCCGGUUGUAUGCGGGCCCAGAGGUUGACAUCUGGAGUUGUGGUGUGAUUCUUUAUGCUUUGCUGUGUGGGACACUACCUUUUGAUGACGAGCAUGUACCAACCCUGUUUAAGAAGAUCCGUGGAGGAGUAUUUUACAUGCCUGACUAUCUGAACCGCUCAGUAGCUAGCCUCCUCAUGCAUAUGCUGCAGGUUGACCCUCUGAAGCGGGCAACCAUCAAAGACAUCAGGGAACAUGAAUGGUUUAAACGGGAUUUACCAACUUACCUGUUCCCAGAAGAUCCUGCAUAUGAUUCCAAUAUCAUAGAAGAAGACGCAGUGAAGGAAGUGUGUGAGAAGUUUGAAUGUACUGAGUCCGAAGUUAUGAACAGUUUAUACAGUGGUGAUCCACAGGAUCAGCUUGCUGUGGCUUACCAUCUCAUUAUUGAUAAUCGGAGAAUUAUGAAUCAAGCAAGUGAGUUUUACCUUGCAUCCAGCCCCCCAACAGGUUCAUUCAUGGAUGAUAAUGGACUGCAUAUCCCACCUGGUGUCAAAGCGCAUCCUGAGCGCAUGCCUCCUCUGAUGGCAGAUAGCCCUAAGGCACGCUGUCCACUGGAUGCACUCAAUACUACCAAACCCAAACCAAUGGCACUGAAGAAAGCAAAAUGGCACUUGGGAAUUCGCAGCCAAAGUAAACCAUAUGAUAUUAUGGCAGAAGUCUACAGAGCCAUGCGACAGCUGGAUUAUGAGUGGAAGGUGGUGAAUCCUUAUCAUCUGCGUGUGCGUAGAAGGAAUCCAAUAACUGGGAACAAUGUGAAGAUGAGUUUACAACUCUAUCAAGUUGAUAAUCGCAGCUAUUUACUAGAUUUCAUGAGCAUUGAUGAUGACGUUAUGGAACAAAAGUCAGGCUCUUCCACUCCAAAGCGUUCAGGAUCGGCAGCUCUGCUGCAUAGACCGAGACUGAGUAUUGAUGCAGCAGCUACUGACGGCCAGCCUUUGACUCUCGUUGGGUCACUCCCCAGCUCACUGACUGGAUGCUUGAGCUCUAUAACUCCACGAUACGGGAGCCACACAAUGGAUUUCUUUGAGAUGUGUGCUAGCCUUAUCACUACAUUGGCUCGUUGAAGACCCUGCAUUCAAUCCGUUGAGAAAUUGGCUCUUUAACCCGUAAAGGUGUGCAAGAGAAUGCCCUUUCCACUUUGCAAAACUCUGUUUUACUUGAGUACUUGUUAUUUAUAGUGCUGGUUUGCAACUGGUGCUUUUGCUACUUUGAUAUAGUGGAAGCUGCAGGGCAAUAUUUGCUCGUUGCCAUUUAGAAAUUCUACAGGGAUAGAGUGGCGUUUAAGUUAUUGCAUUUCUUUUCGCCAGCCAAAUCCACAGGAUUAUACGGGUUUAUAAACAACUGUAAAAGUAUAGAAAAGCAACAAAUUUCAUUUUUAAAGUGAUGUAUUUUAGAAUGUUAAAAAUUGGUAACAUUAAAGAACAGAUGAGAUGUUUUUAAAGGUUUGUUGUAGAGCCAGGAUUGUUCACGUGAUGUGUUGGUGGACAGGAUGAGUGUGCAGUUUACUCAUAAGCCAAGUUGUGAGUAGUUGGGAUGUGAAUUUCUAUGCAGGAUAGUUGUGGCUAGAAAGCUAUGAAACAAAUUAGAUCAUAAAAUGAGGUUAAUUACAUUGAAAUGAAUGUGAAGUGGCUGAUUUUAAAAUCAAAUUAUGUUGUAUGCAGUUAUGAAGGUUUAUUGUCAUUUUAUUGAUGAGAGGGAUUAAGUUUACUUGAAUAGAACUAUAAACAAAAAUUAUUCCGUAUAUCAACAAGUGUGUGAUCUUUGGGUUAAAGUGUGAACACUCCUUUGGAAGUAUCUUGUGUGAGUAUUUCUCUUCAGCACACCUUUCGGCUGAAUAAGUCAGCAGCAUGCACAGCUAGAUGUAGUUGAACGUUUGCUGAUUUUCUUGUAACGUUUACUGUAUCUUUACAGUACAGACUGAGAGAUGACAUUCAAGACUAUCACAAAUGGUAUAUCAGUUGCAUUAAACACAUCUUUAGUGACAGUUAUGAUUAAUGUUUUGUUUACUGUUGGAUCUCACUAGCAUCUUUGUAAGAUCUAGAAAAUUCAUGUUUUCAAAUAAACUUCAAGCAAAUUUAAGACAAAUAAAACUAAAGAUGUUGGAAUCUGGAAUAACAAACAGAACACUUGGUGGGUGAAAAGGUGCGAGGCAAAAGGUGUAAGUCAACGUUUUGGUGGUUAUCCCCUCCCCAUCUGGUUCCACCUAUCACUUACCAGCCUCUAUCACACCACCCCACCUUCUGCCAUACUUCUAUAAACUGGCAGUCUUUCCUGUUCCCUCUUAAGCCUGAUGCAGGGUUUCAACCUGAAAUGUCGACUUGCAUCUUUUGUUUCCACAGAUGUUGCUUGACCCACUGAGUUCUUCCAGUAUUCAGCUGAAACAAGUUUAAGAUUAAUUUUCGAAUGCAAGCCAGAGAAUAAUUCAAACCAAUAAUGCCCCUAAGAUCGCUUUACCUUUGAUUGGAUGGUUUUCUUGCUGUAGGUUUAUUUUUCAUUUUUUGCUUCCCAUGUUUCUUUGUAUCCCUAACAAAGAUUGAAUUUCUGAUGCUGUGUUUUACAGGCUUGGUGACUCUACCUAAUGGGCAUUGUCAAUGAUCUGUAUUUUAAUUGAUUCAAAAAAGGAAUAAGGAGUUUUGAUGGUGAGAUUACUUCUUUAAUGUAUCAAAUGCAAUUAAUUGUGAUCUGCAGCUAUUACUUACUUUCCAAGAAUAUACAAUAAUUCUGGGCCUAAAAAUGAGUGUAUUUGCAUAAGGCCAGUACAUUGAGACUUGGGCCAGGACUCCACUAUGCCAAUCCUGGCCUCUGCUAUUAAUAUUGGGUGGGUUGAUGGUGGGGGCACAGUGGAUGAACAUUUUUUGUAAUGGAGCUUUAGUUAUGAUUCGCCAGGUUAAACAGUAUAUGGGCCAAGUGAGAUGGUGUGAGCACAUUAGCUCUUCUCAGAUAAAAGAUUUGUUAACCCCUGCCUGGAUUUUACCAGUGAGGCAGAACUUUGGAAGAAAGAAGGUCCAUCUAUGGUUCCUGAAGAAUGUACAAAUUAUACCCCAACCCUCCCAGUAAGUGGAGCUCUCUGCUGCUGUUUCCUGUUGCAAACAGUUUGCACUGCGCCCUCUUCAUCCAGGCUUCCCUAGUGAUGGCAAAGAGCCAGGACAUGAGCAUAAUAAUAUGGCUGAUAUUUUAUGUAAAAGACAAUUCUUCAUCUGAUAUGAAGCUAAUUAAUCACGGACAAUUAGGGCCUUCACUUUUACCUUAACACUAAUCAAAUAAAAUGUUUUGUAUUACCUAUUUUAAAUAAUUUUCACCAUUUAAUCCAGGUAAAUUUCAAAGCUAUGACAAAGAGCAGGUAGAUCUACCAAGUUUAUUUUCUGCAUUGAUAAAGAUGUCUCAUAAUUUUUGAGAUAUUAUUAAAAUAAAUCAAUGGCACUUAAAUAAGCUCGUUUAAUUAUGAAUUUGAACUACAGAAUGGUGCAGUGUUUCCUGUGGAUUUGCAGCAGUAAAAUGCUUCUACAAUGCAAAAAUCUUUGAUGUGGUGUAAAUGCCUGAUGUCAUGCUACAACAUAAUUUCCUAGAUGUUUUGCACAGCACCAAGAUGCAUUUUGAAACAGUUGGAAAUUAAUAAUAUUUGGGCCAGUUUUACAUUAAUAAAUUUGCAAAUGCAAUGAUAUUACUUAAAUAGAGACAAGAGACUGCAUAUGCUGGAAUCUGGAGAAAAAAACAAGAUGCUGGAGGAGCUCAGGCAGCAUCUAUGCAGGGAAAUGAACAGUUGAUGUUUUGGGUAAAGAUCCUUCAUCAGGACUGGAUUUAGAAAGAAACUGAGAGCCUUAAGGCUUUCCUGAUGGGGGAUGGAAGUGUAAAGGGGCUGGACGUCCAUGGUGAAGAUGAGGCAAUAGGGGCCAGGGAAUUGAAAGUUAUUAAAAUGGUGGAGAACAUGCAAGGCGUCCCAGAUGUAGGUGGGAAGGGACUAGACAAAGGGGAACAUGAUAGAGUUAAGAUAUGAGAUCAAUGGGUCAAGAGCAGGUGGAAACAGUGGGCCUACUGGGACAGUCCUGUUUGUGAAUCUUGGAUAGGAGAUAGAAAUGGUGUGGUUGGGGCACUAUCAGGUUGGAGGCUCUGGAGAGGAGAUCUCCUGUUGUGAUGGUACGGGAGACAGUGGCCUGAUAAUCAUUAGUGGGUUCAUGGUCAAGGAAUAGGUAUGAGGAGGUGUCUGAGAGCUGCCGCCUGACCUCUGCAUCUAGAGGUCAGUCCACCAGGCCACAACAGCACUGCCCUUGUCUGCGGGUUUGAUGGCAUGGUUCGGAUUGAUGCAGAGUGAGCAGAAAGGGGGUGAGAUUGGAGUGGCUGGAGAGAAGUGGAGAAGACAGUUGAUGCCACAUCAGCAGUUGGAAUUGGAAUUGGAAAAUGUUGAGAGAGGGUAGAAGGCUAGAAAAGAGAAGGAUAAGUGUUGAAAAUGGGAGAAAGGGUCAGAAGUGGGGGGGGGGGGGGGGGGGGGGGCAGGGAGUAAGGACUCGUUACCAAAGAGAUAGGCAUGGGUGCAGUCCAGAAGAAGGGUCUCAGCCCGAAACAUCAACUGUAACCCUUUGCAGAUGCAGUUUGACCCGUUGAGUUCCUUCAGCACUUGCUCAAUAUUACUUAAAUGCUAUUUUGAUCCUCGAUGCCACUUACACCAUAUCACAAUGGUGCCGAUGUGUCCAGUAUGGUAUAAUCACAGGAAUAUUGAUUCCAAAUGCAGAAUAUUGAUGAUGUAAAAGCUGGCUCAAACAAUGUCCUUGCAAACUUUCCAUCAACAUCUGUACAUUUGAAAUGGAGAAUUGCUGCUUCAAAAUUACACACUUAAGAUGUAGCUUUACCUUCAAAUAUAUCUUUCAGCAUUUAAUGUCCUGUGAAAAUGGAGCAGGAGUUCAUAGUUUUCUGUAGUAAUGAAUCAGGUUGGUUUUUGAACACCGCAGCAUUGGGCAGCAUUUGUAGUCGCAUGAAUGUUUAUUGAUCAUAUAGAAAACUGAAGACAUAGGCCAAGAUUAGCUGGGAAAUGCCACGAUUUCCAUACUAAAUGCUGAGAAAGUUUAGGGGACAUGAUUAUGUAAGUUCCAAACAUACUGCUUGAGCUCUGCCAUCCACUUCCUAGCUUGGGUUCAUUUUCCUGAGAUUCCCAGCAAUUAGCUGUAGAAUCUGCCCUUGCACCCUACACCAAGUUUUUCCUGGUUAAGUAUCUACAACCCUGUUGAUUUCUAUAGACUUCAAUGGCUGUGGAGCAAAUACAUAGAGAAGGUAAAUUGCUUUUUUUUUUAAUUACUUUGUUAAUAUUUUUAAUUUUGAGCUUUUGGAUGAUUUUAUUUCUAGUUUUUUAAUUCUUGUUAAAUUCUGAAUGCCAGAAGUAUUCAAACAUUUAAAAAUGCUAUCAACUUUGACAGCCAGUGAAUCUGGGGGCCAGGGAUUUGCCAGCUGCUAAGGUUUUCAGAGAUUUUGGGGUCUCUGCUGUGGGCUCCAGUGCAGGACUUUGAACACUUUGUAGAAGCAAAAUAGCCUCUCCAUGUCUGGAUUAGGUUAAUUCAAGAGAGGGAUGAUUAUGUGGUGUGAGCCAGUGAUGGUGCUAUGCAAGCUUGUAUGUUUACAUCAAAUACUUCAAAGUUGGAUGAAUAUUACUGCAUUCUUGAAAAUGUGUAAAAUCUAUAACAACUCUGACAACCAUGUAAUUUUAUCCAUCAAACAAAAUGUAUAUUUUUCUUCUAACUCUAAAAAUCUUCAGAAAUAAGGAUAUUAGUUAAAACAUGGUAGUUAUGUACUAUAUCUUUUUUUUGACCGUUUGUGUGAUAGAAAAAACACAUUAUUUUAACGAGCUAAAAAUGCUGAUCUUUUACAUACCAAUAACCUGAAUUCAUACCUAUGUGAUUCACAUAAUCAUACUGUUGAGUUGGAAAUUCAUUUGUGUUGUCAUUGGUGAAUGAUUUCCCAAAUAGUUUAGAAAUAUGCUAUGUGGAAUAAUAUUUAAUAAUGCCCAUUGAAUCCAGUUACUGUCUUAAAUGCUGCUUGUCAAAAUCCCCAAAUAAUUAACAUUGUGGAGUUGUAUUUAGCUGGAACGUAAAUACAUCUUGCAGUAUUUUGCAGUUAAGAGCAAUACAAGAUAUUUGGAACUGGUCAACUGAUAGCUACCAAUAAAAUUAAUAUCCUACCUCUUAUUUUAGCCUUAUAUGUAAUUUGAAUUACAGUUGAUUGCAGAACUAAUUUAGUGGAACUUUGCAGCACUCAUUGCUAUUUAUAAUGAAUGACAGAUUUUAAGAUAAAAUACAGCCUGUGUUUCUGAUUUCUUCCUCGUUUGAUUAAUGUUCCAUGGGCCUUGAUGCUGGGUGUGUAGAAUCACAAAUGCAUUGACCAUGUAGUCCUCUAGUCUUUUAAACAACUUCAUCUUGUCAAACCAUAUCACAAAAUAGAAAUAAAUGUAAUGCACAAGGAAUGCAGAGAUUAAAAUACUGUUUUAUGGCUGGUGUCCCUGAACAGAACAUUGACUGUGUUGCUUGCGACAUGUUGUAAUGCACACUGUGAUCUGUUCUUUUUUUUAAUAUGCCAGUAGCAGUUAGAGUAUACUGUUUGUUCAUAAGUUGCUAAAAUCUUGAAGGAAAGACUAAGUUUAGUUUUUAAAAUUCUAAGGUUGAGUCAAAGAAACAAAAGUAGUAUGUGAAUAUUUUAUACUAAUAAGAUUGUUUAAACUUGUUGUACACAACUGUAUUCACUAAUUGUUAGUAUACACUUUAUAACCUGAUUUGUCAUGUUUAAGACGUGGAAACAGGUUUGUAAAUCAAUUUUGCACAAAUGCAGCUAACUAUUAAUACCUGAAUACACUUGACAGCUGAUGAAAGCACUAUAUUUCUAAAGUACAGUUAUAGUCCAGCUAAAGACGCAAAACAUGAGCGACUUAGUUUCUCCCCAUAAACUACAAAACUGUUAGUCGAUAUUUCAAGUCUUACAGACCUUUCCUCAGAACUUGGGCAUCCUGUUCUUGUAAUCCUACUGUAAAUCCAAAUGCAAUAUUUACCCAUAAAAGGGAUUUAUAAUAUGAUUGUAGGCAUAAAAGAUCUGAUAUAGCAGUGCAGUUUCAUUCAAAAACUGCAAAUGCUGCAACUGAUCUGCAAUUCGGGUAGCAAAAGAGUUGAAGGACAGACUUUAAUGUUUAGUAUAUAUACCAUUCAGGCAACUGAUAAAGGACAAACCUGAAAUGUUGUAACUAUAAAACUUAACAGGUUCGUGUACACUAAAAUCUCUUGUCUGGAGCCUACUAGAUUUGACAAGUGCUGAUUUAUUUCAUAUGCCAAUUAACCUACAUUUGCCCUCCAUCAGUGUAGUUAUUUUCUAGUUUUACUUGUAAAUUUUCAACCAUAUUUUCUCCAUUCUCAAAUUGCCUCCCACACUAUACUCCCAGACUUGCUUUCCACUGCCUUUUUGAAAUGCAUGAUGCAGGCUGAGAUUUUACUUUCCUUGUUUGCAGAGAGAUGCCUGACCCAAACUUGGUGUUUCUAAGAAAUAUUGCUCAAAUAAAAACUGUCAUAUAAUGAAUAAUCAGUGCACUUUAUCAAGAAAAUAUUACUUUCCAAAAUCAAAUCAGAAAUAGUGCUAUGUCUCUGAGAGAAAAUAUCCAAACUUUUAUCCUUUUAAGAUAUAAUGCGAAUAAUGAUUAGAAGCAUUAUCAGAUUUUUUUUACACACUUAAUUUUAGUACAUUAAGACAGGAUAUAGUACUCCACAGCUAUCCGUUGGCUAAGACUAUCUCAGCCUAGAUUAGUUAUGUCAUUAGCAAAUACUAUAACACAUUCCCAGUGACCUAGUUCAACUAUGACCCAUGGUUUACUCCCUGUUCCUCUAGUGUAGUGAGAGCUUUGGCUCAGUUGGUAGCAUCUACCUUUAUAUAGGAAGUUGUUGAUUCCAGUCUCGCUCUAGAUAUCCUUGACAACAAGAUCUAGGCUGACUCUUCUGCUUUACUCAAGUAAUACUUUAUCAUUGGAGGUGCUGUCUUUUUUUCAGAUGAAAUGUCUGCACUUAAGUUCCAUGGCCAUUGUUUUUCAAUCAAUAUUACUAUAAAUCUAUCAUCUGGUCAUCACUGCCUUACUAUUUCUAUUUGCAUAAAUUAGCUGUACUGUUUCCUAUGUUACAUUGGUGAAAGAACUUGAAGUACUUGUUAAAAAAGCUUCGGGAUUCCCUCAAAGAGUUUAUAUAAAUGUAAGUCUUUGGUGCAUUGGUUUCUUCCUGUGCUGAAACUAUACAACUUGAAUUAAAUUUAUCUGAGAUUUCUAUUGCUGGUUUUGACUAAAACAGCCAUUGUGGUUGUUUUAGUAGUUGACUGAUGACUUCAGCACAUUUUUAUCAUAAACUAAUGCAAAUAAGAGCUGAGGCAACUAAGAUACAUGAUUAUUACAUAGAAAAUACAGACUGUAGAAAGUAUCCACAUUUUUAUAUAUACCAUGGAAAGUAACCAAUGUGCAGGAAUCAGUACAGUUGGUUACUUCUUGAUCCAGAGUACUUUGGGGUUGUGCCUUUCCAAUGUAAUAAUAUUUCCUGUGCCCAACUAUAAGGUGGCAUAUACUUACAUCAUGAUUGUGCUAAUGGUGUCGCUUCCCAAAGUGACAGUCUAUAGUGGAUGAAAGGGUCAUGUGGAAGAUAAUGUGGUGCGUGGGACUGGUUUCUGUGGUGCAAUUUUCCAGGUAGUGUGAAGUUUUUAAUCCAACACUAAGUUUCUCACUUUAAUAAAUUACUCCAUUGGUUAUAGAGUGUUUCUCAAUGCCACAGUUCAAAGGGUGUCUUUUAAUUGCAGCUCUUCUUCCUUUCCAACUUUCAAAAUAUGUACUUAUUAAGUUAUGUGAGGAAGGAAAUUGAUGUAGGAUGAAAAUUAAAUGGCAAACAGGAUUAAAUGCAGGCACAGAAGUGCGGAACCUGUCACUUCUAGCUUUCUCCUCGUACAGCUUGAUCUGUGAAUGACAAAGGUCUGCUGCCCAGGAAGAUCUCUUACUUUGAAAUAUUUGAAUAAACUUUUAUCUUUUUCAGAUUUUGGUGUAAAAAUGGCCAGCCUUGUUUAAAGAAGGUUUAUUCCCAAUAGAUUAAAAUAUUUUAAUCAAUUGACUUUCCUCUCAAAUGCAAGGUGUGUGUAUAUAUAUAUUUUUUUUUAAGUAAUUCAUAUCAAAUCAAUCUUUUCAGUGUCCUUUCACCAAUGAGUAGUAUUAGGUUAGCAUACUAGAGUAACAAAUGCAUUAAAAUGGACCCUUUAUACCUUGCAUCUUAUUUGAAAUUGUGGCUUAGUACAUGCAUUUCUCAGUGUUCCUGGAGUUUAUGGCAUAAAAAAUACAAACCUGCAUUUUUAUAAUGACUGAGUAUGUGGCACUGUGACCUAACAAAAUGCUAGCUUUACAAGGUUCUGAAACAUCUAACAAUAUAAUGUACUGUACGAGUUGUAAAGCAAUUCAGAUACUUUGCUAAAUGACAGCAUAGGUUUAAAUAUUUUAUUGUUCUUCACAUUUAGAUCUAAAAUACAUUGACAUUUUUGAAUAGUUUUUAAUAGUGCUGUGAGAUACAAAUAGAGUUGGUAAUAAAACUGUGAAAGUAAUUUUUUGAAAAAUGAGAAUGUUUCAGAUUAAAGUAUCAGAACGUGGCUGCUUGGCCUUCUCGGUGUUAGCUUCAAAUAUCAUGUGGCUCGUGGCUGCAGCACAUUGUGCGUUUUGUCCGCACUAGUUAAGCGGCAGAUACUGAUGCACUUCAAGUAUUCAAAAUAGUACCUACAGUAACUACCUUUCAACGUGUGAAAAUCUGCUCUGAAUUUAUUUUCAUAAAUCUGUGUAGAAGUCAACAUUUAUAGCUAUUGGAAUGCAAAUUUGAAAUGGAAUUUUUAUGUUCAGCUUCUCAUAAUUCUAAUUUGCUUAAUACACUGUUGCCAAAGGCAGAAUACCUCUUGUUUAACUUGAACUCAGCUCAUUAGUGCAUGUUUGGGUCAAAGGUGUGAAUUGGAAAUUUAAAAAGAACAUGGAGUCACCUGACAAAACCCAAGCCAUAUAGCACUAUUGAUGAGAUUUUCAAUCACUUUGUUCAUUAUUGAAAAUAAGCUGAUGAUGAAACAAGUGGCAGGAUUGUUAGAUGGAACAUUUAUGGAAGGUAUUUAGGCAAUUUCCUGUUCUUUCUGGUCAAUCACUAGCUGCACUGAAGCAAUUUGGCUGUAGGUACAACUUAUCUGGAGAACAGAUCUUUGGCACAAGAGUAGGGAUGUUUUUGGUGCUCAUCACCACUUUUGUGUCCAAUUUUUCUCCAGGAAAUAAGGUGCAAAAGAUCAGCAGAAGACCACCUUCUGUUUUGGUGAGGAUCUCAAAAACAGCCUAAAAUGGAUUAUCCUCCCAACUCUUCAGGCUGAAAAUAUAUGCAAAUACGUCAGCAUUACCUUCUUGUACUCACUUGCCAGGCUCUGCCUUCACUGUGGAUGGAAAUGUUCAUGGUGCUCCCCUUGUUGUAUUGGUGUAAUUUUCCAUCUAUAUAAGUGGACAAGUAAUUGUUUAAAGUAUGCUACUCCUGCCGUUAAGGUAUCUGUAUUGUAACUGCAGUAUUGGUACCUCAUUUUCAAGAAUGCCUAUGCUGCUCUUGACAUUUAUUUCUACAUUCCUUAUUGAACUGGAAUCGAUCUUCUAGCUGGAUGAUACUCUAAGUGAGGGAUUUACAGGACCAUGAAAUUAGAAAUUGUGUUAGAAUGAUACCGCUGCUGUUUUCCAAUAGGAAUGCUCAGUUUUGCAUCAUAUCUAGUAAUAGAUCACAAUGUUGAAGGGUAUCCCAAGUGUGAAUUUGCAACUUUGUCUCAAGUUUAGUGGUCACUGUUACCAUCAUGAACAAAUGCUUUCUGAUUAUGCAGAUUAGCAAGAAUGGGGCCAUGUAAACUCUUCCCUUAUUGGUUCUUUCAGCAUCUACAGUAUUAGCUCAGCUGCAGGAGGGCCUGUUGCUAUAAUGUUCAAAAUCAAAAUGUAGCAUGGAUGAACUUUAAUUUGAACAUCAAGGUUAAGUGUCUUGCAUUGAAAUAGAAAUUACUAAUACUUUUAUGGCAAUUGCCUUAUAGUUGGUCACUAUUUCAAAAACUUAAGACUGUCAGGUAUCAUACUUUAAUUAAUGGAUUUAAUUGCUUUGUUUAAAGGAAUAUCCAACACUUGUGCCAGAAAGUCAGUUGGCAGUAAUUAAUAUUUUUGUGAAGCCAAACAAUAUUGCAUUCAUUAGCCAAGUUGGAAAAUUGUGCAUAUUUAUAUGCUGGAAGGAUUGACUUGGUUCAUUUCUGCAUGACAAGUCAACAUACAUUCAAUUUACUGUGCAAUGAAGUUGAGCAUUGAAAUGCAUCUUGCUACCUUGUGGUAGUUUGGAGCCAUCACACAUUGUUUUAAAACGUGUUGAUUUUAGUCCUCGUUACAGAUUAUAUGCUCUUGUUGCCUUAAAACUUGGACAUUAUUUUAUCACAAUAGCUUUAUCUUUUUGUACGUAUUUGUAUAAAGAUGUUCAUUUUUCCUAUUUGCAAGAAUCAAAUAACUAAAAAUGUUUGAAGUAAAAACAAAAUGCUGAGUAGGUCAGGCAGCAUCUGAGUAGGAAAAUAGGUUGAUGUUUCUGGACUGGAAAUAUUGACUUCACAGAAGAUGCUAACAUCUGCUGAUAUACAUUUUCUGUUUUUAUUUCAGAUUUCCAGUUUCCAGAGUGUUUUGUGUUUACGUAACAUUGUUAAAUUUGUAGGUUUUCCUACAGAAUUAGUGAAAGUAAUGGUAUUUCUCUAUUCUAAUCUACUGAUCAUAUAUUUGUAUAAUUGCAGUGUGUAGAAUUCUGUGCUUUACCCCACUUCUUGGAUGUACAAUGAAUAGGAACAGUUGUAAAACUCAGUACCAAAUAUUGAGCUUCAAAAGGAAAGCUGCUUGGAACUGCUCCUAUUUAUACCCUAUUUCCUGAUUUCACAAUCUUAUGUUUGCUCAUGAAGAAUAGUGUUGCUUUGUAGAUACUCAAGAGCCAACCAAAAGGUUGCAUCCCAUGCAAUGGAAGAUUAGAAACUGUGUGGCACAUGACAAUCCAAAAUUUGAGCCAGCUAGAUCAACAGGCCAGCAUACUUGAUUGUUGAGAUCUGAAAUUCCUUACUAUCACAGUAAGUAGAAUUGACCCUGGUUAGGAUAGUGAAGGCAAAGACUCCACAGUGAGUUUAACCCAUUCACUGGCUACUGUAAUACAUCCACCUACAUGUAGAUGUUAGACCAUCUUUGAGUGCCUGAUUCAGUCUUUAUUUUAUGACAAUUAGCCUUGACUGGAAAAUUGAAGUCUGUUGCCAUCAAUUAAGCAUUAACAAUUGCCCUUUCAUUGAUUGAUUUGGUUUUUAAAAUUUAAGUUUUAAAAACCAAAAUCAAUUUGUAGGUUUGUUUUCAUCAGCAUCAAUGCAAAGUUUAAUUCUCUGGCAUUGUUUUGACUUGAUGACUGUAGUAGCUCAAGUUAAACUUCAUUUUGAUGAAAUUAAGAAAUUGAGUGUGUAGACAUAAUUUUUAAAAACACUACAUAUCCUAGAAAUUACAGAAGGGCGGUGGCAGAGUAUCUGACAUCAGUUCAAGCUAGUGGUAACUUGCACCUUUUUCACGGCUUGAGCCUGGUACAGAUUUUACCGUUUGUCUCACCUACCUACCGUAAUGCUUCUUGGGAUACUCUCACUCUAACACUAUUAGCUCUGGGUCUUCCACAAUGAAUCGGGUAACUCAAAUGCAAAAGAAUAGCUGUUAUUUCUUGGCAUGUGCAUAAUAGUACAAGGUUAAAAUUGAGGCAUGGCCUUGGUAUGCACAAAGUUUUGCUGUAUUAUCACAUCUGUGCUUUAGCUGUAGAUGUUCAAUUUGGGAAGUGUAUGCAUUAAGUACCAGUGUGCUCUCACCAUUAACAGCAAAUUAGUUACCAAUAAAAUAAUACAUAUGAUUAGUUUCACAACUAUUUUUGCAUGAUGAGCACUGAGUUUCGACCAUUUGUGACAUCAGAAAACAUUGACCAUUCUGAUUUGUGUGCAACUUGUCUUUUGUUUCUGAAAUGUAAUGCACUGCAUGAUAUCAUGGUUGCUAUUUGCACUUUAAUAAAAUAUUAGACAGUACUGUUUCUGUGUUCUCUUUAAAAUGUCUUAUUUGCACAUAACAACUAUAUCAUUAGACCUCACUGGUUUCCACGUAUUGUCGUGGGUUAAUUUGUUUACAAGCUGCACAGCCUACCAUCUCAAACACCUAAUGUUCCAGUAUUACUGAAUGUUAAACUGGCAUACUCAUUGAAAACAGCCUGAA